CGUGGGCUCUCCUCAGUCGGCGGCGCGAAGGCGCGGCGUGAGGAGCUACUGCACGGCACGGCGCGGCUUCCCACGGCGCGGCCACCGCCGUCCUCCCACAUGGAGUUCAAGCUGGAAGCUCACCGCAUCGUCAGCAUCUCGCUGGGCAAGAUCUACAGCGCUCGGGGCCAGCGCGGCGGCCUCAAGCUCCACAAGAACCUCCUGGUGUCGCUGGUGUUGCGCAGCGCCCGUCAGGUCUACCUGAGUGAGCCGGACUGCCCGCCCGAGCCGCCCCCCGCCGCCUGCGGGCCCCCCGAGGAGGAGCCGCCACCCUGCCCCCCUGCCUGGGCGCCCGGCCACCCGUCGCCCCCACAGGACGAAGCGGCCGGGGGCGGCCCGCGGCUGCCCGGCGCGGCCUGCGAAGGCCCCGGGCCGCGGCGCUGUUGCUGCGGCUGCAGCUGCUGCUGCGCGGCGGCAGCGACGGGCGGCGAGACGAAGCGCGGGGACUGCACCGCCCCCGAGGCGGCCGCCGCCACCCCCCCGCCGCCCCAUUGCCCUCGCAAGCGGAGCGCCGGUGAGCGGGGCCAGGCGGGCUCUCCGGUGAAGAAACCGCGCCGAGACGUGGAGGAGCCGCCGCCUCCGCCGCCGCCACCCCCGGGCGAGCAGGAGGACAUGGAGACGGGCAACGUGGCGAGCCUCAUCAGCAUCUUCGGCUCCAGCUUCUCGGGACUGCUCAGCAAGGAGCCCAAGGGCCGGCGGCGGACCGCCCUUGACGGCAGCGAGGCGGCGGCAGCAGCGACACCGGCCGAGACGGCGACCGAGCCGGGACAGAUCUGCUGCGACGAGCCGGUGCUGCGGACCCUCAACCCCUGGAGCACGGCCAUCGUGGCUUUCUGACGCGCCACGCGCAGAGACUCAGCCGCCGCGGGGAGGGGGGGCCCGGCGGACGGACGGGCGUUCGGACCGAGAGGUGACCUCCCCCCCUUCCCCCGCACCACUUCCUCGUCCCCGCACACCCCGGCUCUCGGGAAGGACAGCGGGGCAGCAGCACUUCCCCUUCCGCGCCCGGGUCCCGUCUGGCGGCGCCCGGCCCUCCCGGAAUUCCCCUUCCCGGCCGGGCCGCCGCCCUGCCCGGCGCCUGAGGGAGGUUCCCCGGCUGCUGCCGACAGCGGGGCCGCUCCCGCCGGGUAAUAUUUUAAGCUUGGGAAGUAUUAAGUUUAUUAAAUAAAGUCUCUAUUUUGGAAAGGUUUAGGUCAGAACUAUUACAUGGUGCUUUUAAAAAGUGUUUAUCGAGAGAAACGAAGUUUACAGAUGCUCGGACGGAAAUUCCUUGAGCCUGUUCCUUAGGCUUGGUCACUCCCGGCCUUUGUUGUAUAAAGGCUUGGGGCUCCCUUAGGGAUUUUUGUACAGUGUUUUCCUUCAGUGAUGUAUCAUGUUUUGUAUAAAAUGUAAUUCUACGUGUAUGACACGUAUUAAAUAUUUUCAGCUGUA